AUGCGAAACGAAAAGAGGACGUGGCUCGUCGAGCAUGAGGCCAGGUACGUGUUUUUUUUUCAAUAAAAAUGGCGAUAUUGUGCACACUUGCAGAAAGUUCAAACACCACCACAACACGUCGCUUUUUCUGACGCUACAAUCGAGCGGUCCCGAAAUGGUUCGUUCGUUUUUGUUUGCGAUUACUGUAGACGAGCCACGUAACCCCAGCAUUGCAAUGCGCAAGCAAGUUGUCAAUGGGGCGCGCUUGCAUCCACCGUCGGCUCGGAGUUUCUUUUUUCAAUUGAAACCCAGAAUUCUUUCGUUUUUCUCUUAAUAAACACUCAAAUUUUGUUCUUUGCGAACCGUAGGGCGAUUGUCAGAGUUAAAAGCAUCGAUUUAAGCGCGAAACGGAGCAGAUUCGUUCAGAAUUGACCAAAUUGAGGGAUUUUGUCGAAAACUACUGAAAAAAACCGAGUUUUAACGAUUAUUUGCCGAAUCGAGUUCGGACACUGGCAUUCGAACCGUCUCCAGUCAACAAGCAGUUUAUUGCGCAUCUUUUAAGCGCUCAACCGUCGAAAAAUAUACAGAAUUGAGAUAAUUGAGGCAAAUUUUCGAUUCCAAAAGGAAAACAAUUCUGUAAUUUUCACAUAAAACGUUUCGAAAUUGAUGACGAAGCGGUUAAAAUUUCAUUUUUUAUUCAUUUCCAAUCAUUAUCAUAAGUUUUGACACUGAUCGGUUCUGAAAAGAUGGGAAUAAUGCAAAAAAAGGGAAAAUUGAAAUGAGAAAUUCUACAACGACGCUCCGAAAUUACGCGUUACGCGCCUUGUUUAGCGCACCUGAAUUGCGCCAAGGGAAUUUUUUAUUGGGAAGGCUGGGGUUCCGUGCGAGCGUGACCUCGAUUUCAGACGAGUUUGUGUCUGAAAGGAUGGUGUGACACGGCCGACGACGUCUUCGUAAUACCGUAUCAGUACGUGAAUUGGCGUUUGAAACACACCGAACAGUGGAUUAUUCAGCAUUUUUCGUGAGUCGACUUUGAACGGGUAUUGUAGAGUUCUAGAAAGACGCGGGGGUUCCCAAAAAUGUUUUUGUCAAAUCUCGACGUCUAGUACUGCGUUUUUGUAGUUGACAACUUUUUGACUGUGGUCCCUGGAAGUUGGUCAAACUUCAAAGAGCUACAGUAGGCUUAGAAGUGGUUGCGCAAAAAAGUGGUCAAGAACAAAAGUCUAGUACACAAGAUUUAGAAUAUUUUCACAGUUGACACUUUUUCUGUACAACCACUUCCUGGAGUGCUGUAGCUGUUCAAAGUUGGGCCAAGCUUGAAGUCUAGUGCCAACUUCCAGGGACCACAGUACUCCGGGCAGUGGUCCUAUCAAAAAGUUGUCAACUACAAAAACACAGUACUAGACGUCAAGAUUACCCGAAAAACUUUUUGAGAACACGACGACAUCAUAGAAGCCUACAAUACUCGUUCAAUCCAUUUCCAGAAAAAUGCUCUAUCACGCGAAACGUCUGCCCCAACAGGCCCAAUGGUACAUGUUCGCUUUCGACAAUAAUUAUAUAUUUGUUGAAAAAUUGAUAAACGAAUUGGGCGUUUUUGAUCCACAUCUUCCGAUUUACACAAUUUUACGCGAUUUCAAAGCUGACGUAAGUUUCUGUGACGAUUUUUUGCGUCAAAGUCGAUAUUUUUGCAGUUUUCCCACAAGCCCGUCCUCGUUUUUUCUCGUUUCGCUCUCAAUUCGUUUUGGGAUCAAGCCGGCGAAAAAUGCGAUUUCAAUAUUGAAAAUGUCGAGGGUAAUCGAAUGAACUUUUGACCCAGUUGCAGUGAUCCGAUCGGGUCCAAACUUUGCAGACCACUUGGCCUUGGGUUGAAGUAUAUUGGGUCCAAGUUUCAGACCGAUCCGAUCAUCCGGUCCCGAGAUAUGUGGCUCCGCAAUCGCAAACCAGUAUAUCUCGGGACCGGAUGAUCCAAUCGAUCUCAAACUUGGCCCACGGAUACUCCAAUCCAAGUCCUAGAAGCCUGCAUACUGUUGGUCCCAAUCGGAUCACUGCAAAUCGGUCAAAAGUCCUUUACUUUUUUCAAUUUUAGACUGGCUAACCUCUUGUAUGUCCGUGCCGCCGAUGAAAAUGUCUGUGGACAGGAACAAUAAGAGCAGGUAGCCUCCAUUUUUCGAGACAAUUUGUCAGUGUCUACAAUUUUUCAGAAUUUUCGCAAUAAAACGUCAUUUCGAAGUGGACGAACUGUACAAAAUGCCGAUUGGAUAUCACGACGAUAAAGAGGCGAGUUUUCGGAUGGGAAAGAAAGCACGUUGCCCUCAAAACUAGCGCAUUUUUCAGUACAUCCACUCGCACAGUUCUUCGCUAUUGUCGUUCACAAACUUGUCGACGUCCGAUCUGAAAUUGCUGCCAAUUUUCGUGGAAAAAGUGAUUGGGGGCAGCAGCAGGGCGGAAAAUGCGAAAAAUAUGCGAAUAAAUAAAUGA